UGCGCGAUCUCGUGCGAGACGCCCGGGCUCAUCCUGAUCAAUGAGGCCAUUGGAUGACUGUUUUCCAAAGCACUCAUGAAUAUUUUAUCAAGACUGUUUUGACCGAUGACAAUCAGAUGUGUAGGAAGCGAAAGGGGAAUAAAAAAUUUGCCCAGAAAAUUGACAAUUGAUCGAUUCUUAAUUAAAAUUUAAUGAUUCGAUGAAUCGAUCAAUGUCGUUGAAGUAUUUGCGGUGGAGAAUGAGGAAAUUUAAUGAGAAAUUUCUACGUAAGAGAAUGAUGAAGUUACUGAAAAAAUUAAAACUCUAAAUUUCAAAGUGUCUGAGUGCGGUUCAACUCGAUGUUAUUUAUGGGACAGUGGCUUAUGAAACACUAGAUUGUUCUUUAUCACCGUAAAUACGAUAAUCGCCGAGGCCAUCGAACGAGUGCCUUCAGCUAUGCAGCCAGUUCAAUUUAAUGGUUCAUGAGUUGAUGAAAAAAUCCAGAAAAUUUCGUAUCGAUGGGGGAUGAACGUGGGUGACAUUGAAUGCGUUAAUAUUUCCGGAAUUUCUAGUCUAGUCUCGAAGUUGAUUCAUCGAAUUCUAUGAAUUGAUAAUCGGCAAUUGCAGUGUUGACCUCUAAUUUUGUUAUGAUUUAUUUGUGAACAAUUGGUUGGUGGUGAAAAUGUAUAAAUGCUGGUGGGAAAUUUAUCGAUAAUUCCGGGUGAUUUCUCAUUUAAUUUUCGUGCAGUAAUUCAACGAAACAACGAUAUUGCGAUUAAUCAGUUCUUGAUUAUAAUCGAAGGGGGAGCCAUCCCCGGGAAUUUGAAAUUCUGAAUUAUCAGGGCUCAUCAAUUACAUCGGGAGUCUUGCUAUCGAUCUUCUGACAGUGAUUAAGAAAAUUUUCCGUAAUGGAGAGGGUGGCUUGGGCGCAAAUAUGAGGGGUGAUAAAUAAGGAUACAAUGGAAAAGUGCGCGUACAACAUCGAGUGAGAGUUGAUUAAGGGGAGAAGUUUUUUUUUUGUGUCAGCUGAGGUCCGGAAAUUGAUCUGAAAGGUCCAUCAUGGAAACCUCGCCGACAUUGAGUAUCGGUGGAUCAAGGGCGAGAGCAGCGUUGCUGGCGACAACCACCACAACAGGAACAACUGACAGACGAGUUGUUUUUCUCGCGAGUUCACCAGGUGCUAGCAGUAACCACGAGACAAGAACAUGGCCUCAUAAUUGGUCCCCGAGUGCGACUGGACAUCAUUACAAAUCGCCGGAGGCAUCUCCUCAUACUGAAUAUAAAUUGAGAAUGCCCAGAGGACAAACAAAUUGGUCGGAUGAGGUGGGCAAUGCAAACAGUAUAUCGAGGCAGAGUAGAUCACCCAGACAAGCAUCACCCAGUUCAAGAACAUGCACACCUCAGCACGAUGACUCCCACCAUCCGCCUUCGUGCAAUGGCUUCAGAUUCGGUGUCUACGGCUGGAGGAAGAGAUGUUUGUACACUCUAGUGCUUGGGCUCAUGAUUAUGGUUGUACUCAAUCUUGCAUUAACUCUGUGGCUUCUCAAAGUCAUGGAGUUCAGUUCUGAGGGUAUUGGCUCGCUGAAGGUUGUACCCGGUGGUGUUGAACUGAGGGGUCAAGCUGCUAUUUUAGAUGCCCUCAUUGCAUCAAGUGUGAGGUCAAGAAGAGGUAGAAAUUUAGUGCUUGAAUCAUGGGGAAACUUUACUGCUUCAGCGAGAUCCCACGAUGGACGUUUAUUAGCUAGAUUUACGCUCGGUGAAGACCGAGUUGACUGCAUAUCGAAGGGCUUUCGGAUAACAGAUCCCCGAGGCGGAGUGCUUUUUUCAGCAGACCGGGAGCAGGUUGUCGUGGGAGCGUCGAUGCUGAAGGUAACGGGCGUCGGGGGUGCAGUCUUCCGUGGAAGCGUGCAGACUCCUCUGGUACGAGCCGAGUCGGGGCAUGGCCUCAGAUUGGAAUCAGCGACACGAGCGUUGGAAAUAAAAGCACCAGAGCGUGUGGUAAUAGAGUCUCGAGCCGGUGAUAUAACAGCAUCAAGUCUGUCACACCUGACACUCCAAAGUAUCGAGGGUGCAAUCAAAUUCGACGCCAAUUCAGUCUUCCUCAAGGGUCUCAAAGUUGCUGGUACAAUUCAGAGGCACAAUACGAAAGAACAACAACGACCAAGAAACAGUAGAUCAUCGAGUGAUCAGAGAGACUCGAGUAUUUAUCAGCUCUGCACAUGCGCCAAUGGAAAAUUGUUCCUAGCAAGACCAGAAGGCAUUUGCCAAGCAGACAAGAAUGUCUGCUAAUGUCGACUGAGGGCGAUUCCAAAAUGGAAAAGGAAUCGCGCCGUUAAUAUUCCUUUACCAUAUUUCCAGAUGGUGUGUUCAAUCAAUUCUGUAGGUGAAAUAAUGACUUUUUACCUGUUGUAAUCAUUUAUAUUAACGAAGAAUUCUCGUGCAUUGGGGAUUCAACGAUUCGGCUUGUGUUAUAUUUUUUGAUGAUUGAGUCGAUAUAAGGCAUUGAGUGUUGUCAUGCAAAUAGUUUAUGAAAAUUAUGGAAUAAUGUAGAAUUUUAUGCGAGUAUUGGAGUUCGAAUGAACAACGGUGCCGAGAUUACCCCGCGAUGUAUAUCUUGUAUAUCAAUAAAAAACCAUGCGAUUAUCGUUAAUUUUUUACAUUAUUUUAUUGCUAUCCCAAUGACUUUUGACCCCUGAAUAAUUAUUACGCGCUGAUGAUUUCGUCGAUUUAAUUAAAACCGAAAUGAAUAUCUUGUUUUAAGCUUCAAAUUGAUAUUAAAGAUGAAAUUAAUAUUUUUUUGUAAGCUAAUAUUUUAUGAAGUUAAAUGAACUGUUAUGUUUAAUUAUACUAGAACAGUAUUGGGAUUUGAAUGGACAACGAUACUAAGAUUACCGCGAUGUAUAUCUUGUAUAUCAAUAAAAUAAUGCAACUUUCUUUCAAUUUUUGAAUUAUUUAUAGUACAAUUUCCAAAACCCAGAACCCACACGCUAUUGAUAUUUUAUAUUCUCAACAAAUAUAUCCGAAAAAAAAGAGGAAAUUGCCUACUCGUUCACGACUAUUGAAUUUUUCUAAAAUUAUUUGAAAAAUUGAUCAUAAUUUGUCAACGUCUGUCUCUUCUUUCCUAACUGACUCCAUUUUUA